AUGGGGUUCAUACCACCAGUCCGAUGGUUGGAUCGUAGUGAAGAUGAUGGACAGAUAGUGCGGGAGCUGGUGCCCAGUGCGGAUGGCCAACGAUUGUUCAAUGUGAGUUACCACAUCGCGAUAAAGACAGGCAGCAUUAGCGGUGCAAGCUCAGACUCAAAAGUGUUUGUAAAACUCUACGGCGAGAAAGGCGACACCAAUAAGAUCCUGCUUGUUGCCUCGGAUACUAGCCACAAUAACUAUUUUGAGACCGGCCAGACUGACAUCUUCACCGUGCAGACCUUUGACCUUGGCCAGAUAAAUCGACUCCUGAUUGGCCAUACAAAUGAGGGCCUGCAGGCAGGUUGGUUCCUGGACAGUGUGUUGAUCUGGGUGCCGGUGCACGGACUUCAGUAUAUGUUCCCCAGUCACCGCUGGCUCUGCAGAGACGAGGCUGAUGGCAAAGUGGAGGUUGAGAUCUACCCGAGCGAAAUACAGGAUAUUGAAAAAUUGAUUAACUAUGAAGUGACAGUUGUGACGGGGGAAGUUUUUGCGGCUGGCACCGACGCCAAGGUGUUUCUGCAAAUCUAUGGUGAAGAGGGCAAGACUGAAGUGAUUCAGCUAAGGAGUCGCUCGAACAACUUUGAGAGAGGGACCACCGAGAUCUUUAAGAUUGAGGCUCUGGACGUGGGGCGAGUUUAUAAGAUCCGUAUUGGGCACAAUGGAGCAGGGAUGGCUCCUGGCUGGUUCCUGGAGUACGUGGACGUGAAACGGCUCAUCAUGGCCAUGGUAAAACCUGAGAAGAAAGAGGAGGAGAAGAAAGACAAGAAAAAGAAAAAGAAGAAAAAGGAGGAAGACGAAGAUCCGGGAGAGCUAAGAGAGGUGGUGAAGACGUUUCACUUUCCCUGCAGCCGCUGGCUUGCUCGGGACGAGGAGGACGGGGAGAUCAUGGUGGAGCUAAUGGCUGAGGAUUAUGAAGAUCUGGAGGAGAACACAUAUGAGAUUCGUGUAUUCACCGGCCCGAUGUGGGGUGCUGGGACAGAUGCAAACGUCUACAUCAACAUCUAUGGCGAGAUGGGGGACACGGGCGAGAGAAAGCUACGCAAAUCCAACCAUUUCAACAAGUUUGAGCGAGGACAGGUGGAUGUGUUCACCCUCAUGGCGAUCGACCUGGGGCAGCUGAGGAAGCUGCGGAUUCGCCACGAUAACAAACAGGCCAGUGCAGGGUGGUACCUGGACCGCGUGGAAAUCGUAGACCUAAAGGAAGAGACGACGUAUUUUUUCCCCUGUCAGCGAUGGCUAGCAGUGGAUGAAGACGACGGACAGUUAGCACGUGAGCUAGUUCCAGUGGAUGAGGCAUUCAUGAUGAAGGAAUCUGACCAAGGAUCUCCGGCGCAGCUUGGACUUGAACAAAAAGCCAUGACGACCACAUACACCGUGCGAAUAAAGACAGGAGACAAAAAGAACGCUGGAACCGAUGCCAAUGUUUACACUGUUUUAUACGGGACAAAUGAUGACACAGGUAUCAUUAAUCUGAAGGCCUCAAAGAACAAUAAGAACAAGUUUGAGAAGGGUAUGAUCGAUGAGUUCACUAUAGAGGCAGUGGACCUGGGCAGCCUUAAAAGAAUCCGCAUCGGACACGACAACGCAGGUACGUACAGGAGCAUACACGUUCACUCGCAAAAAAAAAACAACCUCCGACAUCCGGCUUGCAUAAGUUUGCGCACCCUCAAUUGGGAAUGUAGCCGUACGUUCCAUAUGAGAUUAUAA